AUGCUCUUCACGGCCCCGCUCAGCCUCAUCUUGGCACUUGCGCCUAGCGCUCUGCUGGCUGCUCCAACACAACACAUGGAUUCGAUAGCAGCGCUCAUCCCCCGCCAGAACCUGCCCGCUGGCGUGUGGGAGCAGCUGCGAAAGACAGAUUCCCUCUGCGACUUGUCCAAUGUGAAGCUUCCUAUUGCACCAACACCGCUCGGUAGCCCCGCUGAGGGCCUUUCCCUCCGCCACAUUGCCAUUGGCCGUGGAACCCAGAACUACACGUGCGCGUCUGCAUCGGCAAUGGAGGUCCCCAAGGCCACGGGUGCAAUUGCCUCGCUCUUCAACGCUACGUGUGAUGCUGCCCGCCUCAACACCGAUGUGCUCGCUCAGGUGACGACGCUCGCGCUCAACUACGCCAUCCCCACGUCGCCCGAGGCCGACAACCGCCUGUCGGGCCACCACCAGUUUACGGCUGCCGGCGUGCCUCUGUUCAAUCUCCAGACGGAGAAUGCCGACUACGGCCGUGUCGAGUGCGCCGUCAACGCAAAAAGCCCUGCGCCCAAGGCCGCUGCCCUCGGCAAAAACGAACUCGGCAGUGUCCCGUGGCUCAAGCUCAAUGCUACCGUCGGCGACGACAAGCAGUGGGCGUACAAGGAGGUUUACCGGGUCCACACUGCUGGAGGCUCGGCGCCCAAGACAUGUGAGGGCAUUGAGGGUAGCUUUACUGUCGAGUACAGUGCGGAAUACUGGUUUUACGCUUAA